GCAGUGGAAGACAGGCGUGCCUGGCGUGCUCUGGUCCAUGGGGUCACAAAGAGUCGGACACGACUAAACGACUAAACAACAUAUGAAUGAAAAAAUCAGCCAACUUAAUGACCAGGCUUCUCCUGAUUUCCAGGUCCUGGAAGGAACUCCAAAAACCAAGCCAGGUUCUCCCUCCCCCAAGUAAUGUUUCUAGGCGGCUGCCAAGCUCUGAAACUAAACUUGGCUUCUUGGGAAUGCCAGAGAAGUCUGUGGAACUCAUCUAUUCUGAGAACAAACUAGGGUCUCUUUUUAGCUUGGUGGGAGGACCUUGGGCUUCUAGAAGCAAAGGAAGGGAUCGCAGCAGCCACUUUCCGAAUAGCAUAGUGUUAAGAGAGAGGCUCUUCUACAGAGACUGAACCCUGUUUUCUGCGUUCCCACCUAGAGCAUCACCCCAAAGAUGUGCGUGGCUCUCGGGAUGCUGGGAACACGGAAAAUGUUGUCCAUCUUCAUGAUCCUUGCCGCUGUCUGUCUUCAGGGCACCUUGGUCCAGCAGCCUGGGACAGCGGAGCGAAGGAAGCUAUUCUUCGAAAGGUUUAGACGAUUGGAAGAGCAGUUCCGGCGGUUCCAGGAGGUCACCCUGACGCGCCUUCAGGAGAUUGCUGGGAAUUACAACGUCUCCUACAACAUUGACGCCAAGUUCGAGCAGCUGCUGAGCAAGCACCAGGGCCUGGAGUCCGCUGCCAACGAGAGCCACGCAGCCAUGCAGGAGGAGCUGAGCCACUUGAAGGCUCUGGUGAAGAAGCUGCAGAACAAGAGCAAGAAGCAAGACUCGAAGCUCGGGGCCCUGGAAGAAGCCUUGCGCGAGAGGGACCACGAGAAGGUGGCAGAGCUGCAACAGGAGAGAAGACUCCUGGCCAACUUAACUCAAGAAGUUGAGAGCCAUCGAGAGGACACCCAGGCCGUGCACGCUGGCCAAAGGAUUCUCCAGAAAGCCCUGGAGAGUCUUCAGGAUGCCCUGAAAAGCCAGGGCAGCAAGCUAGAUGAGUUGGAGCAGCAGCUCAAGAGCCCCGUGCACAAUGAGGUCCUUCUGCCUAACCACCUAACUGCCACUCAGCUGCUGAACCGCGUCCCCCAAGAGCAGGAACCAGAGGCAGCCGGCGGGCAGAACCCUACCGUGAAAAAGCUCCACGGCAAGCAGCGCCAGAGGAAGAAACUGCUCCAGGAGAGCACGCGGCUUGCAGCCCUGUCUCAGGGCAGGGGGCUGCAGAGCAGAUCCCCUUCGGGUCAGGAAGCUCCCCAGCAGCAGGAGGCAGAAGCGGAACGGCCUCCUCUGCCGGAGCCACAAGCGCUCAGGCAACAGGAAGCGGUCAUGGACAAGGCCUCUGAAGAGCAGGAGCAGUCAGAGGCGCCUCGGAAACCAGGGACAAUCUGCAACGUGGAUUCCAUGCUGUUUUUCCCUAAUGCUUCCACCGAGAACUUCGCCACAUUCACGCCAGGUUUCCAGGCCGGCCUGCUUGAACUGAGCCUCUGCAGCUGGGUCAGCACCAGUGCCAACUACCUGGGCACCAUCCUGUCCUAUGCCACAGAGGAUAAUGACAAUAAGCUGGUACUCCACGGCCGUGAUGCUGCACCCCGAAACUCCAUCCACUUUGUCAUUGGCGACCCUGCUUUCCGGGAGCUGCCCGUGGGACGGAUCCUGGAUGGCAAGUGGCACCACAUCUGCGUCAUCUGGUCCUCCAUCCAGGGGCGAUACUGGUUCUAUGUGGACAGGAGGUUGGCUUCCAUGGGCUCCAAGUUCCAGAAGGGCUACGAGAUUCCCCCCAAAGGGUCUCUUGUAUUGGGUCAGGAGCAAGACACAAUGGGUGGGGGGUUCGAACCCUCGGAGUCUUUUGUGGGCUACCUGGCCGGCCUUGCCAUAUGGGAUCGAGCGCUCUCACCCGGAGAGGUCUCGGGCAUCGCCAUCGGAAGAGGCCUGCCCCGUGGCACGAUCUUCACCCUGGCAAACGUCUCUGCCCUCCACGGAGCGAUGCAGAAGGUGAACUGCACUUGCCUCGAACACUGCCUGUAAUUCUCCCCAUUACAUACCCACACAAGGCAACCUGCAACACAGACAGCUAGGAUUAGCUCGGGAACAGGGUGGGGUUGGGGUGCCGCUUCUCCUGAAGUAUAAUGUGGCAAAGAUAUUGUUGAAGGACGCUGCGGCCACCUUGGAGGCAGAUGCCUCCGCCAGCAGCAAGUUCAGAAGCCAGAAAGAAACAGAUAAAUGAGCUCUCAGCAAACAGCACAAUGGAUGGGAGCUCAGAACGCAGUUUACACCACAAAGUGUUGGGGAUCGUUCUCUUGCCUGCCGUUUAGCUCUCCUGUACCUGCUGCUCUUCUGCCCUUGCAAUUUCCUCUCUCCAUCCCCUUUGAUAGUCUCUGGUUACUUCCAGCCGACCUGGUUUGAAAGCAAACACCUGGUGCAUUUAGUUUGACAAAGCAUUGUCCGUCCGGAUAGCAAACUCAAUCUGGCAGCAGGUUAGACAAAGUCAGCUAGUUUUUCCAGCAUCCUUUCUAAAUGUUUUAUCACGUUACAUCAAGUACUCGAUAUACCCCAGUUUCCCAGUGCAUUUGACUGUCCUUGCUACUAAAAAGUCUGAUUUUUUUUAAAAGCGGGUUUGUAAGAGCACCAGAUCCACUUUAAUUGCUGGUAUGUGAUUGAAUCCCACCAGAAAAUAGCAGCAGUCUGGAUCCUAGAAGCGCCCCCAGCCCUCUGGGCCUCAUCUCUGAAGACAGACUUGCCAUUUCUCCCCCUCAGCCUCCUGCCGCUUCAGUCUCAUUCUGGAUUGAUUGUAAAAAUGGGCAAGCGAGUUUCGAGAACCAAACUGACAUGUUGAGAGUGAAAGCUGGGUAGAUCCUGUCCGGUUUUUGGCAAUGUAUUGCCAAUGCAUUUGGGGGGGCAGUUGCUGAAGCUGCAACAGCAGCAACAACAACACACCUCUAAUAGCACCACUGCAGUAUAGCGGGAAGCAUGAGAAGUCAAGAUGCAGAAAACAUGACAACACUUUUAGUCAAUGGGGCUUGUGCAGAGGACUUCCUGGUAGCUUGUGCAACAUCUUAUCUUUCUUAAUUUUUUAAAAAAUAAUUUUCAAUUACAAAAAUCCAAUAUAUGCCACAUUAUAUCAAUACCAAAUUACCAUUCCAAUUCAAAUAUCAAUCAAUUAAAAUGACAAUUACACUUUUUAGAUAGCCCCCCGCGUGCUAGAUUUCAAGGUAAGAUAAUUUCAUUUAAUUCUGCUUCCAAAGUCUUAUUUAAUCCAAUUACAUUUCAAUAUUCAUCGCAAUCCCUUAUACAACAACUACUGUACAAUGUUUUUGCCUGUGCAUCAUCUUAUCAAUGAAGUGAGCGGUGCGUUUGGAUUCCCCACCUCAGCCUAGGGCAGGGACGGAAAUUGAUUUUGCUUGCAUUUCAAUUAGAAAUGCCCGAUUUGAACUUCUCGAACCGAUACACGAACUGAAACAGCUACCCUUCGAAAUCCAUGGUUGUCUGAAUUUUGCGAUGUGGUUCUUUAACCAAACGACGUGUCCGAAAAGGCAUAUACUUAAAGAGUGCAUGGAGAUGUAUAUGUAAGUGAAAAUAGCAUAUGAUGUUGCAUUGCUUUGAGAGGUGGGGGAAUGCUUGCCAAAAUGGACAUAGUAAUCAGAAGAACUGCAUGCAAAACUGGUGGAUUUUCAUGGAUUCAGCAGCAAAAACCUGCACAUUGUUGUGGAAAUGUAGGGAACUGAAUUUAAGAUUGGAAAAAUGGGAAACUGAAAAGGACACAUUCAUCCCUCUGUGCCUCAACGCCUGCUUCGGUUUUCUGCCUGCACUUAUCCAGGUAUUAGCACUGCAAGGUGGAUGACCUGAAGACCCCACAAUAUUUAUCUCCCAAUGCCACGGUGUAGUGGCGCUGGCACCUUCCUACCCUAUGUAAAAAAUACAAUUGGCAGCCAUGCCACUCCGCAGUUUCAUAGGGUUGGAGGGGGGGCAUGGCUUUCCUCGGCCGUAUUCUGCUCAGAAACUCUGAAAGGCUGAAUAUUUGACUCAAAGUACACAUGGUGUGAAGAAAUAUCAACCACCUCAGAUAUGCUGAUGACACAACCUUGAUGGCAGAAAGUGAGGAGGAAUUAAAAGAACCUAUUAAUGAGGGUUAUAGAGGAGAGCGCAAAAUAUGGUCUGAAGCUCAACAUCAAAAAAACCAAGAUCAUGGCCACUGGUCCCAUCACCUCCUGGCAAAUAGAAGGGGAAGAAAUGGAGGCAGUGAGAGAUUUUACUUUCUUGGGUUCCAUGAUCACUGCAGAUGGUGACAGCAGUCAGGAAAUUAAAAGAUGCCUGCUUCUUGGGAGAAAAGCAAUGGCAAACCUAGACAGCAUCUUAAAAAGCAGAGACAUCACCUUGCCUACAAAGGUCCGUAUAUAGUUAAAGCUAUGGUUUUCCCAGUAGUGAUGUAUGGAAGUGAGAGCUGGACCAUAAAGAAGGCUGAUCGCCGAAGAAUUGAUGCUUUUGAAUUAUGGUGCUGGAGGAGACUCUUGAGAGUCCCAUGGACUGCUAGAAGAUCAAACCUAUCCAUUCUUAGGGAAAUCAGCCCUGAGUGCUCACUGGAAGGACAGAUCGUGAAGCUGAGGCUCCAAUACUUUGGCCACCUCAUGAGAAGAGAAGAUUCCCUGGAAAAGACACUAGGAGAAGGGGACGACAGAGGAUGAGAUGGCUGGACAGUGUUCUCGAAGCUACGAACAUGAGUUUGACCAAACUGCCGGAGGCAGUGGAAGACAGGAGUGCCUGGCGUGCUCUGGUCCAUGGGGUCACGAAGAGUUGGACAUGACUAAACGACUAAACAACAACAACACAUGGUGUGCAGUGCAUGGAUUUUCCUUCCUGAUGCAGUUAGGGUUUCAAAAACUAUUAUUGUUAAAUGAAAAGCAGCUGUAAAAAAAGCAGGCCAAGUUGGAAGCAGAGGACCUGUGCAGCAAGUGGCUGCUUAACCUUCCUCCCGCCUCCAAAUUCCCCCCUUUCCCCUUUUGCUGCAGGGGAAAAUAUACAGGAUCCAUCUCUCUCUCCCCUUAUGAGCAGAAAAGCAGCUGGGGUGAGGCAGGUUUGAGCAGGGAGGAGAUAGGGAGUACAUAAAAGGAUUAAGCCAGCCCUCCAGACACCGAUUCUCCUCUUCCUAUUUCAGCCUCCCAUUGACUGCUUUUCAUUAAAAAAAAUAGUGGAAGGAAUAAGGGAACUGACCAUCACAUAUGUAAUUUCCAGCAUUCUUGCUUAUUGCUCCAAACACAUCUGUACUGGAGAGGACGACUAAACGGAAACAUCCGCUGCAAAUUUAAUGUAAAGUCCUGCCAUGUCUACUGGAAAAUCAGGACUUCAUAUGAGACACCGGCAAAGAUAAUAUGGAAAGAAAUACAUUAUAGCAAUGAGCUCCCUCCAGAUGGACAAUUAUAAUCUUCUUCUCCCAUGUUUCCCACUAUUUUGUACUUCUCCUGUCCGGUUCCAGCCCCACCGCUCUCUGCUUCCACAGCCCCAAGCCAUGUUUAAUUUUGCUAUAUUGUAUAAAGUGAAAUACAUAUUGGAGAGAUGAGAUCCACUGUAUUCUCCUCUUAUUAUUGUUGCUCUGGCUUCUAUCUGUCUGUUUUAUCUAGCUGCGUUUGGAGUACUGCGCCUCCUUACCUCAAGAAGGAUGCUGUAGAAUUUGAAAAGCUUCAGGGUAGGAAUGGAGAGACUUCCAUGUGGAGAAAAACAGGGCCUGGGACUUUUUAGUUUAGAGGAAAGGUGUUGAAGAGGGGACAUGAAAGAGGUGUACAGUACAAGAAAACCGCCUCUCAUAAUACUCAGGGGUUCUAGUUACAGGUAGGUAGCUGUGUUGGUCUGCCGUAGUUGAAGCAAAAUUUAAAAAAUCCUUCCAGUAGCACCUUAGAGACCAACUAAGUUUGUCCUUGGUAUGAGCUUUUGUGUGCAUGCACACUUCUUCAGAUACUCAGGGGUGUCCAAUGAAGCCGAAUGUUGCAAGAUUCAGGACAGAUGAAAGGAAGGGCAUCUUUGUAGAGCAUGGGACUCUUAUUCUCAGGGUCGUGGGUUUGAGCCCCACAUUGGGGAGAAAGAUUCCUACAUUGUAGGGGGUUAGACUAGAUCAGGGGUGGCCAACUCCCAAGAGACUGCAAUCUACUCGCAGAGUUAAAG